AUGGAUGAAAACGACAAGAUCACCGCCUCCCAGGAAGACUUGGACGAUGAAGUUCUUCCUGAUUGGGGCAUCAUUAAUAAAGCCCCGGGUGGAGUAUAUAUUGAUACUCAGACGGAAUUGAUUCCAAGACGCUCAGACAAGUAUUUUGACCCCGAUGGAUCCAAUACCCAGAAUGCCAAACUUGAAGAGUCCAGAAGACAAAUGUAUUUGGCACUCCUGAGCGUUCGUUGUCAUCACAUGAAGCUGUUUUUGGCAGCAGUUUGGAUUCCCUCUCAGAAAAUGGCAUUGGUUCCUCACGCAAAAGGUAACUUCUUCAAAGACAUUGGCGUGGCUCACAAUUUCAAGAAUAAGAAGAAACUACAAGGCAUGUGGCUAACUCCCGUGGAGACCGUGUAUUUGACAGAGAGAGGGUCUAUGGUUACAUACUUGGCCGAUGAGAACUUUAUGAAUUUUGUCGACUCGAACGACGUGGAAUUUGAAUACCUGUCACUCACCCAGCUCUCCAUGGCUCAUCUCUAUAGUCUAGCUUUGGGAUCUGAACCGGAUCUCAUCGAUAAGUACCAAGUAUAUGCAUUGCUUAAGAGGUCUGGGUAUAUGAUUAUGGAAUUCCGUCAGCAUUACAACCAAUAUGAUAGCUGGAAUGAACUUCACUUGAAGUUGGAAACAGCUCAUCAAUCUCUAUGGUGUAAGGUUACCGGUUGGUUUGCCUCUCUAGGACUUUACUCACGCAGUUUGAGCAAGUCAUUUUACCAACAGAGUUCGCACUAUUUUAAUUACACUCUGGUCUUUGAGUCCCUUCAAAUACUGAACUCAUACUCUGCAUUCGAAUCUUUAUGGCUGCCUCCACUUCCAGACAAGAGGUACGAAAUUACAUAUAAUGUGUGGAAACCAAACCAGGCAUUCAGCAAGAAAAAUCCUCCCAUGCCAGACUUUCAAGUAUGUGUGCUCAAUAUUGAACGGGUGCCAUUUCCACCCUUAGAUGCCAUUAAGAGCAUGUGGAACCAGCUAAACGUCUCGUUUACCGCUCAGAAAAUACCAGAACCCGCCCCAAAGAAGACCAGCAAUAAGCAACAGCAGCUUUCCAAGAAGCAAAUGCAGUUGCAAAGGAAAAAAGAGCGAGAGUCCAAGCUCGAUUCCAGAAUUAUCGAGAGAAACAAAUACCUCAAGUUGCGAGACUCCAAGUUAAAAAGCGGAAGUUCAAGUUAA